UCUAGGUGUGAACAAAAGGCAUACUCAACGCCUCCUCCCUAAUCGUAGUGGAAAUCUGACCUGGACAUUCUCCUCCUCUCAUUUCCCCUCGACUUACCACUUCUGCUACAAAGAUCAUCCUGUGUCAGCAACAUUGAUUUUUCUUUUCUUGACUGUUAUUUCGUACUCUCAGAGUCACUUGUAAAACCCAUCAUGUUGGACAACCCCCGGUAAAGGUGGCUGACAGGCCGAUCACUCCCCUCCACCCGCGCUGCCAAACCGGAACAAGCUACGGGCUUAGCGAACAACAACACCCGCAGCAACGAUCUAAUCUCACAUUAUUUCCCUCCUCCGCUUUUUUACUGUACAUACUCAUCCAAGUGCUGAUUUAAUCAGACACUGCCAACAACGGCCAACACCUCACACGCCGUGACCAUGGCCUCAUCACGCCCCAACUCACGUCGCUAUGGCGGAGAUAAUAGUAAUGACACUGAACCAUUUCCUGCGAUGCCCGAAUCAUCCGCCGGGCCCAGCUCCUCUUCGCCUACCACAACAACCACCACGACAACGACGACCACCACCUAUACUUCUCGCGGGAGACCAUACACCUUCACUUCCACCCAGGCCCCGACCCAAGGCCCUGCGACGAUCGUCUCUUCCUCAGGACUUUCUUCACAAGGACCAAGUACGCGGACGACAGUCACCACACCACCACAACGAACCACCAUGUCAACCUCCUCUCCCCAAUCCGUCUCUCCCCAGAUCCCUCGAAGGCGCCCUAUUGGUAUCAGAAGGCUCCCAUCAUCAAACUUGAGGCAGGAUGCUCUAGAAGAAAAUGGCGGUGCAAGUGGAAAUGUCAGUAGGGCAUCAUCGGGACGCGGGCGCAGUACCUCGGCGCCGCAACAUCUCGCAGUGCCUCAACAACAAGGUGGUCACACUUUGACGAGACAGUCGACGAGGCAGUCUCUGCUGCCAACCGUCGCCGAACAUCAUACCGCCAAUGCGACAACCGAUCGAGGCACCAUGAAUGAGAUGACCGGGGUCCCAGGUCGCAGAAGGAGCGUUAGUAACGCUGCACGAUCGGUUAUAAGUCGCCUCAGCGAUCAUUCGCGUGAGACUCAAGAGCCAGAGUACAACUCAGAGGUGGUUGACUUGUUGGAUGUUCUUGAUCCCGAGGUGUCCACUCUAACCACUCUGACAAACGUGCAGAAUUCCUUGUUUGUGCCAGAUCUCGGUCGUUGGGUCAACCGAAGACCAACCUACACCCUCAGUAGUCGUCGCUCGACCAUGAGUCGCCGCCCGCCGUCUACAUUAGAAGAGAGAGAACCGGUGGGCAUGACUCCGAUUGAGAGUGUCGGUACCGAAACCCCGGUCGAAGGAGUACCAGAGGAAUACGGGGCCGACGCGGAGAGUGUCUCUCCGGCUGUUCAGCGGACGUGGUCUUAUCAAAGGAGACCUGAAAUCGAACGAACGCACAGUAUUUCCUCGGUCGUUACCGAUUCCCAUUUUGCAGUUUUGCCGCAUGGUAUGUCGCUCGAAGGAUGGUCCGAGGAAGAUAAGGAAGCCUUGGAUGACCAUGUACGACAUAUGAUGCACUCGAAGCGUUCGAAAUUCAAGUAUAGCAUGAUCGCGUUUGGAAAAUACGUUCGACAACCUCUGGGAUUGUUUGUUACACUAUAUGCGGUUUCGAUCACCUUGUUCGGUCUUGCUUGGGUUCUGUUUUUGAUCGGUAGGCGAAAUCACUCCACCAACUUCAAGCCGUCUCUGCUGACACACAGUUUUCCAGGUUGGAUUUAUGUUGGAGAUCGACAAUCCUACCUGAUUAACGUCAUUGAUAAUGUCCUAGUCGCACUCUUUGCUCUUAUGGGUGACGGCCUGGCUCCUUUCCGGAUCGUCGACACAUACCAUAUGAUUUUUAUUGCCCACUACCACCACCUCACAUGGCGCCUGAGACGCGAGCAGCAACUGCCCAGCCUUCGAGAUCACAAUGACCUGCCAGCGAAGAGCGAGAAAGAAGCAGAUCCGGAAUCUGCAAACCCUAACGAGGCCGAAUUUUCCGUUCUCAACGCAAAGCAACAGCAGCGGUUGAUUCACCACCAAGCGAAGUUUUCCAAGUCACACUCGUUCUAUAAGCCUCAUGAGACAACAACCCAUCAUGCUUUUCCCUUGCGCCUUCUCGUGGCUAUUGUCGUACUGCUUGACUGCCAUUCCCUGUUGCAGAUUGCUCUCGGGACAUGCACCUGGGCCAUCGACUACCACACUCGACCUCAAGCAUUGACGGCAACCAUUCUUUCGUGCUCUAUCACCGUCAAUAUCACGGCCGGUAUACUGAUCAGCGUUGGUGAUCGAAGAACGAGAAAGAAGGAUGUACUCAAGAAGAUUGAGAGACAGCAAAUGACGGCUGAAGCCAUCAAAAAGGUUGAGCACCACAAGAAAGAUAGGAUGAACAAUCUCCAUGAAGCAGGAUCUCGAGAAAACUUUGAAGUUAUUGACGAGGAGACGGCAGAACAGGUCAGGUCUGCGAGAUAGUUAGAGGGCCACCUGCGUCAACGGUGUGACUUGGAAUAUACUUGCCACGACAUCUGUUGGUUGGAAGAAUCUAGGGUGUAUGCUGAGACCUGAUAGUGUCGCUGGUCAAAUUGACAUCGACGGUGCGCCAUUGGUUGUUUUGUUUGGACGAUACCCCCCUGUUUUUUGUUCCUGGCGCUUGUCGUUUGCCUGGCUGGCGAUGGCUGGAAUUACGUCCCUCAAAUGUGCGGCAAACUGGUCCUGGCGAUUCUGGAUGAGAUGAAAUAUGUACCUUCAUAAAUAUCGCAAUACUAUUCUAAUUGGGCACAGUCACAGACCCGUCUUGUUCAACCAUACCAGCUAUUGCAGUUGCCUUUGGAGUUUGUGUUUCGGCAGUGCAAUAUUGAUCUUGCUUCUUGUGAUCUCUCUCGGGAAGAGAAGGGUGACACCUUCGCUUUUGAAUAUCCACUUCCCACAUCUUUGACUACUAUUCCAUCACUUCUUAUAUUUCUUGUACCAUGUGGAGACUUUGAAGGCUGUCAACCGAGAAACUACUCAGAUUUGAUUUGAAAGCAGUUCUGAAAGCAGUCAGUGGCUCUCUACCCAAUCUUUUUGGGAAAAGUGUGAUCAUUC